GAUGAUUACUGCAUUCAAAGUGGGUACCCCAAUAUGUGCAUUGGGCCCUACGAGUCAUCCCAGCCUAAGGCAUGGAGGUGGGGAGCAGCUCGCGUCUGGUAUAUAUAAAAAUGCGAAUGGAACGAUGUAUCACCUCCUGAGCCUGAUAGUGCUCGUGGCAUUCGGGUUAUCAUUCCUGCCUCGCCUUGCACAUGGCGCCGUUUGUAUCCCACCGCCUUUAAACCUUGCCGCUACAGAGAAUGCACGCGUUGAGAAGGGACUUUGCACGGAGCUCCGACGAGUGUGCGCGGACAACAGCGAACUCGUCACAUUCGAUCCUGUUCAGCUCGGAAACCUAACGCGCACCACCCCGUAUGGGGUUGUGGAGAGAUGGUCAGGCCUAUGGAACUUCCCCGCUAGAGGUGGAGCAAACUCGGAUGCGUUGGUGGGGCACCAGCCCAACAGCUUCGUCGCCAUCCGGCCUGCGAGUCGCUUGGAGGCGAACCCAGCGCUUCAGAACCCGCAGUUCUCCAGCUGCACCAUGCCUUUCAUCAUGGUCACAGAUUGGCCGUAUAACAUGGGAGAGGUCCUGGCGCAGCUAGCCAGCGUGGUCCACAUUUUUAUACGGGAAAAGAACGUUACAGAUGACACAGCGACGCUGGUGGUGGCCACGCCCGCCGGCCUGGCCCUCACGCCCUUCCACCACGUGCUGCUGUCGCCCUACUCGCGCUACCCGGUCAUCAGCCUGGAGGAGCUGUCGGCGCGGCAGGCACCCGGCGCUCACGUGCCCUGGUCUGCAGAGGGCACACACGUCAACUGCUUUGAGCGGGCGGUGUUGUGUAAGAUCCACGGUGUCAUGUCUAUCGCACCACUGGCCCGCACCGUGCUGGCCAAGCUGGAUGCGGACCACAAGCUGCAGCCGCCUGACCCACUGGGCUUCAACACGGGGGCGCCCGGGCCACUGCCGCCGCUGGCCACCGACACCACGCUGCGAGUGGUGCUCGAGGCACGUACAGGCGGCACCCGCAGCAUCCGCAACCUGCACCAGGUGGUGGCGGAAUGCGAAGCGGUCAACAAGAGGGGCUUCGUCGCAGGCACCUUCAACAAGCUGUCCUGCCGCAUCCUGCACACCGGCGACACGCCGCAACUGCACGGCGUGAACCGCUACUACGCCAACCUGGCGUCAGUGCGCUCCGCACACGUGCUCGUGGCGGUGCACGGUGCAGGCGCCGCCAACUGUUUCUUCCUGCAAGAGGACAACGGCGCGACAGCGCUCAUAGAGAUACGGCCGUGUGGCUUUGGCACAACGCACUGUGGCUGGCCAGACGCUUACAUGAACGGCCAACUGGGCUGGACAGGCAAUGUCAUCCGGUUCUUCGCCUACAACGUGGAGGACCCGGCACAGUGCCACCCCUCCGACUACGAGGCACUGGCGCGGUCCGACCCCUCGGCCCCCAUGCGCGGCAACGAGGCGAUGCGCGCCCGCGACCAGCACCUGACGCUCAAGCCAGGGCCGUUCGUGGAGAUGCUGCGGCACGUAGGGUCGCUGCUGCGGAACGACACCGCGUACAAGGAGGCGCAGGCGAGCAGCUCGCUGCAUGGCUACCCCAUACCCGGAGGCCUGCGCCUGGGGCCGCUUUGUGCAAAGAAUGUGUCUCGCACCACGCCGCCAGGCGGGCGCUUUAUAGAGGUGGCAUGAGAGGUACUCGGCACCAUUAGAAUGGACAUUAGAAUGGACACAGUGUUAACGAGUGCGAGGGACUGGGCCUUGCGAUUGGAAGCUGCGUGUUGUAGCGGAGCUGUGUUGGGAUGAUGUACUUGCUUAUCGUGCUGUGCGUACCGUAGUUCUAGCACACUAAUCGCCAAGGAGCGAUUGAGAAGAACAAUAGGUGGGGUGUUUCCAUUUGUUGGCGUUAUAUGGGUCACCCCGCCCGCGCCCCAGGUUUUCACGAGGCAGGAAGGCACGAAAGAUCGUACGCACCACCUCGUACGCACACACACACACACUGAGCCUUUACACUAAUGCAACUGAACGGUCGCAAGAUGUUCACAACAUGUUGACAACAUGGCUGUGGUCAAGACGUGCCCUGCGAACUUCCCGUGCUUACAUGUUAAUAGAGCUCGUUGAAAGCAGUGUUGACACCAUCCUGGCAGAAGACAGAGGGGAUUUAGGGGGUGUACGGCACGGUACGGCACCGCUGGUCGUCGGUCAGGGGGGUCCGGGAGGUCGUGCAGGGUGGGGUCUGGAACUAUUGUUCGUACCCUGUAUUGUUCGUACCCUGGCUCGCUCCCUCCAAGGAAGGGCUCCAAUUAACCUGCGCUCGCU